CCUAUUCUUACGGUCUCUUAACGAAAAUCAUCAAAGAGAGGUUUUUUGCGGGUUUCGUGUGGACUCUAUGGUGAAAAUCGAAUAAAAACGAAAGGAACAAAAACAAAAAAUGGGUUUUAUACCUGACAGAUGGUUGGCUUAUUCAUGCUGUGGAAAACCAAUCAAAGGUGUACCUAUUGUCGCAUUUAAAACCCCAUUAGCAAACCGUUACAAUCGCCAACCUCAUCAUAAAGAUGGUGGAACCUAUCUGGAGGAAGACCAACAAUUUACUCCAGAACAACUUUGCAAGCAGAUUGAAGAGCUUGGUUACCAGCUAGCUGUUGUUAUUGACCUUACAUUCACAUUUCGCUAUUACAAUGGAGCAAAUGAACUUGAAGAGUAUCAUGGUGUUCAGUACAAAAAAGUAAAAUGUGAAGGUCAACGUGUGCCAAGUGAUCAAGUUUCAGACAGAGUCUCUGAAAUUAUGAACGAUGUUAUAUAUCAACAUGGAAGAGACAGUAAAAGACUUGUCGGCAUUCAUUGUACGCAUGGUGUAAACAGGACUGGCUAUUUGGUGUGUCGAUACAUGAUUGAAUGGUUGGGAUUUACACCAGAAAAAGCUAUAGAAGCCUUCAAUGAAUCUCGUGGACACAAUUUAGAAAGGGAAGGUUAUUUGGAAGAUCUGAUGAAAAGAACACCAAAAACACAAUUUGAUGAAUAUAAAAAAGAACGAGAUAAGAAGGAAAAUGAGGAGGAUAAAAAUGAAUGGAACGAAGAUAUAAAUGACUUUGAAAAUUUCACUGAACCAAAAACAAUCGCUAAUAAUCGAUAUGAAUCGAGAUGGGAGCCGCCGCCCGAUCGACAAGACGAUGAAUAUAGUAAUAAUUAUCGCAAUCACCCGUAUCGUGGAAAGUUUCGCCGCGACGAUCGUUAUUAUCGGGAUGACCGACGAAAUUGUAACUCGUGGCAUAAUAGAAAUAAGCCGUACUACCGAAACCGAGAUGACGAGCGUAAAUUUUAUGAAGAUGAUCUCCCGACAGGCGAUAAAUUUAUUUCAGGACCUUCGAACGCUGAUCAACUUCAUGAAAAUAAUAGCUAAUUUCGGUUUGUGUUGUGAUUUUAAUAGAUUUUAAAACCUUACUUGACGAGUAAACGAUAGAUGGGCUAACAGUUUUUAUUAGGUAGAAUUAUUUCGCUUUCGGUCUCAUUUGUCUACAAGUAUGCGCACUUUCCUCUACGACACCUUAUUUAAAAAAAAAUUAUCAAGAUUUGACUUUAGCGACACAUAAGAACGAGACUUAUUAGCGAUAAAAAAUGAUGGACACCGAAACAAAGCGUCACGUCGAAGAUACUAACUUCCGUGAUGAUCGUAAAUAAGGAAAAAAUAUAUCAACCUUUUUCCAAACUUAUAUCUGCCAUGUAAUAUCUGUCUUUAUCUUUUAUUCAUAUGUGUUGUAUCUUUUAAUAAUUUUAGCUGUAAAAUACACGAGUCUAAUCACGAAAAA